AUGAUAAUGCCCUGCUCGUAUGCCAACUCACAAAGGAAGCACACGCCUUCCAAAGCUUACCUAACAAGCUGCUGGCUACCUCGUCAAAAGGGAACAGCAAAUUGCAAAACAACUUCAUUAGGGUAUAGCAUGAACAACAAUCUUUCCCGUCCCUCUCAUGAGCGUAAAACGUUAUCAGGCCAAUGUGCCAUUUCUCAAAUUGAAAAAUGUCACCUUCUUGGGAGGUCCUGCCAUUCAGCCAUUCACGACAAUGAAGUCUUUCGCUAUAAGUGA